AUAUUUUCAUGCUCACAAACACUCCAAUGCAAAUUUCCCCUCCUCUUCUUUUAUAAAGCCUUCUCUCCUCUCCUCUCUCCCCCUCCCUCCAUAACACAUAUUUCCCACUGCUACUAGCUUCCCAAAACUCACACCUUAAUCUAUCAAAUUGGUCAUGGGGGCUCAUCGGCAUUUCGAGUCAAUCAAGAAAUGCAGCACCGAGGGACGGUCGAAUCAGACGGUGGCUGCAGACCUGGACGGCACACUUCUUGUUUCAUCAAGUGCUUUUCCAUACUUCUUGCUCGUUGCACUUGAAGCUGGAAGCGUGUUAAGAGCUAUACUCCUUUUAGCAUCUGUUCCUUUCGUGUAUUUUACGUACCUGGUUUUAUCAGAGGCAAUAGCUAUCAAAACCUUCAUCUUUAUUGCCUUUGCAGGACUUAAAAUAAGGGACGUUGAGCUUGUUUCGCGGUCUGUCUUGCCUAGAUUCUACGCGGAUGAUGUCCAUCCUGAAACUUGGAGAGUGUUCAAUUCUUUUGGGAAAAGAUAUAUUGUCACCGCCAGUCCUAGGAUUAUGGUUGAACCUUUUGUUAAGACCUUUUUAGGUGCUGACAAAGUUCUUGGCACUGAACUAGAGGUUACAAAAUCGGGAAAGGCAACUGGGUUCGUCAAGAAACCUGGAAUUCUUGUUGCUGAACAUAAAAGAGAUGCCAUUUUAAAAGAACUGGGCGCUGAUUUGCCAGAUUUAGGCCUUGGAGACCGAGAAACUGACCACAAUUUCAUGUCUAUUUGCAAGGAAGGAUAUAUGGUGCCAAGAACAAAGUGUGAGCCACUACCAAGAAACAAGCUUCUAAGCCCUGUAAUAUUCCAUGAAGGACGGUUAGUUCAAAGGCCAACACCUCUAGUUGCCCUCUUGACCUUUUUAUGGAUGCCAAUCGGUAUAAUUCUCUCAAUCCUUAGGGUAUACCUUAAUAUCCCUUUACCUGAAAGAAUUGCCUAUUACAAUUACAAAAUUCUUGGAAUUAAAGUUAUAGUUAAGGGCACCCCUCCUCCUGCUCCAAGAAAAGGCCAAAGUGGAGUCCUUUUUGUAUGCAACCAUCGUACUGUUUUAGACCCAGUAGUGACAGCAGUUGCCUUAGGCAGAAAGAUCAGUUGUGUUACAUAUAGCAUAAGCAAAUUCACAGAAAUCAUAUCGCCAAUCAAAGCAGUCGCAUUAUCAAGAGAAAGAGAGAAAGAUGCUGCUAAUAUUAAGCGUUUAUUAGAAGAAGGUGACUUGGUCAUUUGCCCUGAAGGAACAACUUGUAGAGAGCCAUUUCUUUUGAGAUUUAGUGCCCUUUUUGCUGAACUUACCGACAGAAUUGUGCCUGUUGCUAUCAAUACCAAGCAAACAGUUUUCCACGGCACGACUGUCCGAGGGCAUAAAUUAUUGGACCCUUAUUUUGUGUUCAUGAAUCCAAUGCCAACCUAUGAGAUCACAUUCUUGAAUCAGUUGCCUAUAGAGCUUACUUGCAAAGGUGGUAAAUCGUCGAUCGAAGUUGCCAAUUACAUUCAGAGGGUUCUUGCUGGUACAUUGGGGUUUGAAUGUACUAAUUUGACAAGGAAGGACAAGUAUGCUAUCCUUGCUGGUACAGACGGUCGUGUUCCAUCUAAGAAGGAAAAGUAAAAUAGAAGGAGAAAAGGAAAAUAAUAAGGCUUCAGGAUUGGCGAAAAUUGCAAACCAAAAAAGAAUUAUGAUUUUUCGUUAUUGUUUUCAUAUGUUUGAAACAGCUCUUAAUCUAUUAUUGAUCUUCUUGAUGUUUACCAUCGAAUAACCUUUUAUGUAUAUUAAUUCCUACUUAAUUAAUCUGGAAAUAUAACUAUCUAUUCAAAUGUGAA